UUCAUACCUUUCCAGUUAUUUGGAGAUAUCUUAAGAAUGGAGAACUCCACGGUGUCCAAUGAGACUUUGGAAACUUGGACUGACCACAGUGUCGAAUACAAAGUGAUAAGCGUCCUCAUAGUUUUCCUUAUAUGCGCCCUGGGGAUAGUUGGAAACGUGAUGGUCAUCCUGGUGGUCCUCACGACCAAGCACAUGCGGACCCCUACCAACGGUUAUCUGGUGAGUUUGGCCGUCGCUGACCUGAUGGUGUUGAUCGCAGCCGGUCUACCGAGCACAGCGGACAGUUUGUUCGGUUCUUGGAUUUUUGGGCACCCGGGGUGCCUGUGCAUCACAUACUUCCAAUAUCUUGGAAUAAACGCAUCCUCGUGUUCCAUAACAGCGUUCACUAUAGAGCGAUACAUCGCCAUUUGUCACCCGAUCAAAGCGCAGUUUUUAUGUACGCUCUCACGGGCGAAGAAGAUCAUUCUUGGAGUUUGGGGUUUUACCUCGCUUUACUGUGUAAUGUGGUUUUACCUGUCCGAUAUCCAACAGGUGGUCUACAAGGAUGUGACUAUAGUAACUUGCGCGUACAAAGUGUCCAGAAACCUUUACCUCCCCAUAUAUUUUUUCGACUUUGGCAUCUUCUUUGUUCUGCCUCUCACCCUGGCCACUGUCUUGUAUGGUCUCAUUGCGCGAAUUUUGUUUCUCAAUCCGUUACCGUCGGACCCCAAAGAUGACAAGAAUGGGCAUGACAACUUUUCCAAAGCGAAGAAGAACAAGAUGAAGAAUUCUAGCCGCUGCUCCAGCACAACUGCAGCAUCCCGAAGACAGGUUACAAAAAUGCUGGCUGUGGUGGUUAUUCUGUUUGCUCUACUUUGGAUGCCAUACCGCACACUGGUGGUGGUCAACUCCUUCCUGCCAGAGGCCUACCUUGACACCUGGUUUUUGCUGUUCUGCCGCACUUGUGUAUACCUCAACAGCGCCAUUAAUCCUCUCAUCUACAACGCCAUGUCACAAAAGUUCCGCGCUGCCUUCAGGAGGCUCUGCCGCUGCGGAAUCAAUGCUCAGGCACAGAAGGCAGCUUAUAGCGUGACAUUAACCUACAGUGUUGCUAAGGAAACAUCAAUGGUAGAGAGCAUGGGGCAUUUUUCAACCGAGAUAGAUGACUUGACACCAUCAGAAGAGCUGUUUCCUGAUAAGAAGCUUCUGUAUCCACAGAACUGUGACUUUAGAAAGGAGACUUUCAGUCAGGCCUGAUAUUCUUUUAACAGCUACACAAACACAAGUUUCCCGUUAUCUUUAUGCUCAAAAAGUCAUGCCCAACACAGUCAAAUUCAUCUUACUGUCUUAUCAACUUGCCAAGCAGUUCCUUACAAACAGAGAGGUUGAAAUUAAAUCAGUAUUACAUAAGUUCCAUGGUUGCAUUCUUUGCUAGUUUUUGUGCUAUAAUUAAAAGCACAAUGUAUUGCAUAUGUACUGCAGGGAAAAGUAAAUAUUGAUCUCAAAUUAUCUUGAGGGGUUGCCAUUGUGAUUAAUGAAUGGCCUUCUUCCUCUGCAGACCCCUGGGAGAAAAACUGCUGAAACUGCUUUACUCUGCAGUUGCGGGUGUUGCGAGAAUAUUUAAUGCGAGUUAACUUAUCAUAGUUUACUGUUCUGUCAGGGCCCACUGUACUUUAAUAUACAGUAUAUUUACACAAUAUAUGUCAGUCAACAUAUGUUGCAUACAUAAUGAAAAUGAAAGUAUAGCUAAUUUCGUUGGUCAUUGUUGUGACAUACAUGGGUGAGUCAUGGGCCAUCUGGGUAAUGUACAGCAAUGGACACAAUGUCAUGACUAAUGAUGUGUAGACUCAAGCUGUAUGAGAGUGCAGUUUUUAAUCGAGAGUGAUUUUUAUGUAAAUAAUGUAGACUGUAAAUACUGUAAGUGAUUAAAGUGUUACACACUUCACCUUUAAAAAUAAUACAUAUUUUUCUAGUACAGCUUAAUCAGACUAUUAAUUAAAAAGUUAUAUUAAGAAAAUACAUGUCACACAAGUUUGA